AUGGAGAACUUUCUAAGAUCUAAAGAGUAUUGGGAUCUUAUUGAGAAUAGGAUUGCUAAACCAGCAGAAGGUGUAGUUUUGAUUGAUGCACAAAUGGUGGUAGAUGACCAAAAGCUGAAAGAUUUGAAGGAAAAGAAUUACCUUGUUCCAGGCAAUAGAUCGUACCAUCCUGGAAACCAUCCUCAAGAAGGACACUACCAAAGAGAUAUAGGACUCCAUGAAAAAGAAAUAUCAAGGCAAGACAAGGGUCAAAUGAGCACAAUUUCAAGCUCUUCGCAAAGAUUUUGA